AUGGUGUGGAAUUGGUCAAGACUGCCCGAGUCGGAUGUGGAGCUCAAGGAAUGGCAAGAGUGUCAAGAGGUGCUUAAUGAGGUGAUGCUUUCAGAUAAUAAGGAUGUUUGGUUUUGGAACGAUGGGAGCCAAGACGGUUUUUCGGUGAAGGCCGUCAAAAAGGUGUUAAUUACCGAGAGGGGUAACUGUCAUCUCCCGAAUUUUGAUUGGUGUAAAUGGGUGCCGCUUAAAUGUAAUAUUGUGGCUUGGAGGGGUAAUUUGGAUAGGCUUGCUACGAGGGUUCAUCUAAGAAGAAGGAAUGUGGAUCUGAUAUCGGUUAUGUGCCCUUUCUAUGGGGACUUUGAGGAAACGGUGGAGCAUCUCUUUACUGCCUGUGCUAUGGCGAAUCGAGUUUGGUUUCUGUUGGAUGCUUGUCGCGAUACAACCUUGAUCAUCUUGAUGGUAGCGGCUGCUGCUUCUUUGGCUCUAGGAAUAAAAACAGAGUGGAUCAAAGAAGGAUGGUAUAAUUGGGGAAGCAUAGCUUUGGCUGUUAUAAUCGUCAUAGUUGUUACACUAUAA